AUGGCUGGCUUCGAGAUCCAAUGCUUUUUCUCUUCUAAGAGGCAGGCAGAUGGGAACAUUCCCAGUGAAACUGCUGCUGCAAAGCAUCCAUGUGGAUCACUGAUACCCAGAGAGGAUUCCACUGAAGCACAAUCACAACCACACAAAACAGCAGCUUUAGAUGCUGGUGAUCAUCUGGACACUGGCAGCAAUCAUAGCUUUGUGGAUCAAGAGAACAUAGACCCAGCCAACAAAGGCCAGCCAGCAGAUCCACCUGAUGACAACCAAUCAGCAACUCCAGUUGGCAUUGGCCCACCAGCAGACCCAGUUGACAAUGACCAGCAAGCAGAUCCACCCAACAACAACUGA